AUGUUGUUUAAAAGCUAUUCCAUUAGCUAUACAGCACUUCUGCUUGUAAAUACACUAACAAAAGUAACACAAGCGGUAGAUUAUCAUUGUGAUAUUCCAUCAGUUUCUUCUGGUGUUGACGGUUUCAGAGCAAGGUUUUUUCCUUAUUUGAUUCCAGAAUACACCGGAAAAUAUAAUGAUGAAGAUUAUUUGUUAAAUCAUUACGAAAAAGUCAACAAAGAAUUAGGUUCAGUGAAAGGUGUGACUGAUAUUAGUUUCAAGUUUAAAGAAUCACAAAUUGACAGCUGGAGUAAAAUUUAUGACUUUCCCAUCACGUUAUCAAAUUUUACUGUUGAAUUAACAGGUUACUUCAUUCCUGAGACAUCUGGUAUCCAUACUUUUGAAUUUUUUGAUACCGAUAAUUCUGCUUUGCUGAUGUUUGCUAAUAAAGGUGCUUUCAAAUGCUGUAAUUCUGACAAAAACAUAGAAGCUUCUUAUGAUGACAUUUCUAUUAAUGCGGUCAAACAAUGGCAGACUUCUGAGAAAACUUACUUUGCUGACUAUUUGCACGCUGGAUUUGCCUACCCAAUAAGAAUUGUCUACUUAAAUGCCGGAGGUGACGCUAACCUAGACUUAAAAUAUAUAGAUCCAAAUGGAAAAUCCCACAACGACUGGAAGGGUGUCAUAAAAUAUUUCAAUGAUACAGAAGCUGAGUGUUCAAAUAACUCUAACCACUUAUUUACAGUUGAAUUAGAACAUACGACCUUUGUGGACAAUUUUCACAAGGCAGCUGUUAACGCUGCCGCCUUAACUGGAAAUGAUGGUGUCACUGCGUUUAAAAAAAGCAGUAAAAGCAAAAGUACCAAAACCAAAAGCAGUAAAUCCAAAAGCAGUAAAUCCAAAAGUAGUAAAUCCAAAAGCACCAAAACCAAAAGCAUCAAAACCAGCAGUGAACAAAAUUAUGAAACUAAGACUACUUUAUUUACUGGAUGGACAGGAUCUGUUACCAGUACAUAUGGUACUGUAAUAAGAACAUACGAAGGAUUGAAUGGUAAAUCAACUACAAUUACAAUCUAUUAUGUAUUUACACCAUACCCAAAAACCUCAACAGAAGAAUCGACUGAAGUAUUAAGCACCGAACAAACAACAACCGAAGAUGAAACAACUGGACAAUCUACUAAUGAAAAUUCAGAACCAACCACUACUGAAGAACAAUCCACCGAGACACCUUCCGAACCAACCACAACUGAAGAAGAAUCUACCGAGGAGACUUCAGAACCAUCCACAACUGAAGAAGAAUCUACUGAGGAAACUUCCGAACCAUCCACAACUGAAGAAGAAUCCACUCAGGAGACUUCAGAACCAUCUACAACUGAAGAAGAAUCUACUGAGGAAACUUCAGAACCAUCCACAACUGAAGAAGAAUCCACUCAGGAAACUUCAGAACCAACUACCACUGAAGAAGAAUCUACCCAGGAAACUUCCGAACCAUCCACCACUGAAGAAGAAUCUACUGAGGAAACUUCCGAACCAUCCACAACUGAAGAAGAAUCAACUCAGGAGACUUCCGAACCAACCACAACUGAAGAAGAAUCUACCGAGGAGACUUCAGAACCAUCCACAACUGAAGAAGAAUCUACUGAGGAAACUUCCGAACCAUCCACAACUGAAGAAGAAUCUACCGAGGAGACUUCAGAACCAUCCACAACUGAAGAAGAAUCUACUGAGGAAACUUCCGAACCAUCCACAACUGAAGAAGAAUCUACUGAGGAAACUUCCGAACCAUCCACCACUGAAGAAGAAUCUACUGAGGAAACUUCCGAACCAACUACCACUGAAGAAGAAUCUACUGAGGAAACUUCCGAACCAUCCACAACUGAACAAGAAUCUACUCAGGAGACUUCAGAACCAUCUACAACUGAAGAAGAAUCUACUGAGGAAACUUCCGAACCAACUACCACUGAAGAAGAAUCUACUGAGGAAACUUCCGAACCAUCCACAACUGAAGAAGAAUCUACUGAGGAGACUUCAGAACCAUCCACAACUGAAGAAGAAUCUACUGAGGAAACUUCCGAACCAUCCACAACUGAACAAGAAUCUACUCAGGAGACUUCAGAACCAUCUACAACUGAAGAAGAAUCUACUGAGGAAACUUCCGAACCAUCCACAACUGAAGAAGAAUCUACUGAGGAAACUUCCGAACCAUCCACAACUGAAGAAGAAUCUACUGAGGAGACUUCAGAACCAUCCACAACUGAAGAAGAAUCUACUGAGGAGACUUCAGAACCAACUACCACUGAAGAAGAAUCUACCCAGGAAACUUCCGAACCAUCCACCACUGAAGAAGAAUCUACUGAGGAAACUUCCGAACCAUCCACAACUGAAGAAGAAUCAACUCAGGAGACUUCCGAACCAACCACAACUGAAGAACAAUCCACCGAGACACCUUCCGAACCAACCACAACUGAAGAAGAAUCUACCGAGGAGACUUCAGAACCAUCCACAACUGAAGAAGAAUCUACUGAGGAAACUUCCGAACCAUCCACAACUGAAGAAGAAUCUACUGAGGAAACUUCCGAACCAUCCACAACUGAAGAAGAAUCCACUCAGGAGACUUCAGAACCAUCUACAACUGAAGAAGAAUCUACUGAGGAAACUUCAGAACCAUCCACAACUGAAGAAGAAUCCACUCAGGAAACUUCAGAACCAACUACCACUGAAGAAGAAUCUACCCAGGAAACUUCCGAACCAACCACAACUGAAGAAGAAUCUACCGAGGAGACUUCAGAACCAUCCACAACUGAAGAAGAAUCUACUGAGGAGACUUCCGAACCAUCCACAACUGAAGAAGAAUCCACUCAGGAAACUUCAGAACCAUCCACAACUGAAGAAGAAUCUACCGAGGAGACUUCAGAACCAUCCACAACUGAAGAAGAAUCUACUGAGGAAACUUCCGAACCAUCCACAACUGAACAAGAAUCUACUCAGGAGACUUCAGAACCAUCUACAACUGAAGAAGAAUCUACUGAGGAAACUUCCGAACCAUCCACAACUGAAGAAGAAUCUACUGAGGAGACUUCAGAACCAACUACCACUGAAGAAGAAUCUACCCAGGAAACUUCCGAACCAUCCACAACUGAAGAAGAAUCAACAGAAGAAACUUCAGAACCAACUACCACUGAAGAAGAAUCUACUCAGGAAACUUCCGAACCAUCCACCACUGAAGAAGAAUCUACUGAGGAAACUUCCGAACCAUCCACAACUGAAGAAGAAUCCACUCAGGAGACUUCAGAACCAUCUACAACUGAAGAAGAAUCUACUGAGGAAACUUCCGAACCAUCCACCACUGAAGAAGAAUCUACUGAGGAAACUUCCGAACCAUCCACAACUGAAGAAGAAUCUACUGAGGAAACUUCAGAACCAACUACCACUGAAGAAGAAUCUACCCAGGAAACUUCAGAACCAUCCACAACUGAAGAAGAAUCUACUGAGGAAACUUCCGAACCAUCCACAACUGAAGAAGAAUCUACUGAGGAAACUUCCGAACCAUCCACAACUGAAGAAGAAUCUACUGAGGAGACUUCAGAACCAUCUACAACUGAAGAAGAAUCUACUGAGGAGACUUCAGAACCAUCCACAACUGAAGAAGAAUCUACUGAGGAGACUUCCGAACCAUCCACCACUGAAGAAGAAUCUACUGAGGAGACUUCAGAACCAUCCACAACUGAAGAAGAAUCUACUGAGGAGACUUCAGAACCAUCCACAACUGAAGAAGAAUCUACUGAGGAAACUUCCGAACCAACUACCACUGAAGAAGAAUCAACUGAGGAAACUUCCGAACCAUCCACAACUGAACAAGAAUCUACCCAGGAAACUUCAGAACCAUCCACAACUGAAGAAGAAUCUACUGAGGAGACUUCAGAACCAUCCACAACUGAAGAAGAAUCUACUGAGGAGACUUCAGAACCAACUACCACUGAAGAAGAAUCUACCCAGGAAACUUCAGAACCAUCCACAACUGAUGAAGAAUCUACUGAGGAGACUUCAGAACCAACUACCACUGAAGAAGAAUCUACCCAGGAAACUUCCGAACCAUCCACAACUGAAGAAGAAUCAACUGAGGAAACUUCCGAACCAUCCACAACUGAAGAAGAAUCAACUGAAGCUACUGAAACCACCGAAACCACUGAAGCUACCGAAUCUACUCUAGCUUCAGAAUCUGGUGAAUCCACUGAAACUACUGAAUCCACCGAAACCGCUGAAGCUACUGAAUCAUCUUUAGCUACCGAAUCUGGUGAAUCAACUGAAGCUACUGAAACCACCGAAACCACUGAAGCUACUGAAUCAUCUUUAGCUACCGAAUCUGGUGAAUCAACUGAAGCUACUGAAACCACCGAAACCACUGAAGCUACUGAAUCAUCUUUAGCUACCGAAUCUGGUGAAUCCACUGAAGCUACUGAAACCACCGAAACCACUGAAGCUACUGAAUCAUCUUUAGCUACCGAAUCUGGUGAAUCAACUGAAGCUACUGAAACCACCGAAACCGCUGAAGCUACCGAAUCUACUCUAGCUACCGAAUCUGGUGAAUCCACUGAAGCUACUGAAACCACCGAAACCGCUGAAGCUACCGAAUCUACUCUAGCUUCAGAAUCUGGUGAAUCCACUGAAGCUACUGAAUCUUCUUUAGUUACAGAAUCUGGUAUUUCUAGCGAGGAAGAAACAACAACUUUAUGUCCUACAUGUACACCAUCAGGUUCGGAUAUGACUGAAUCUGGCGAAUCCACUGAAGCUACUGAAUCCACCGAAACCGCUGAAGCUACCGAAUCUACUCUAGCUUCAGAAUCUGGUGAAUCCACUGAAGCUACUGAAACCACCGAAACCGCUGAAGCCACUGAAUCAUCUUUAGCUACCGAAUCUGGUGAAUCUACUGAAGCUACUGAAACCACCGAAACCGUUGAAGCUACCGAAUCUACUCUAGCUUCAGAAUCUGGUGAAUCCACUGAAGCUACUGAAACCACCGAAACCGCUGAAGCCACUGAAUCAUCUUUAGCUACCGAAUCUGGUGAAUCUACUGAAGCUACUGAAACCACCGAAACCGCUGAAGCCACUGAAUCAUCUUUAGCUACCGAAUCUGGUGAAUCUACUGAAGCUACUGAAACCACCGAAACCGUUGAAGCUACCGAAUCUACUCUAGCUUCAGAAUCUGGUGAAUCCACUGAAGCUACUGAAACCACCGAAACCACUGAAGCUACCGAAUCUACUCUAGCUUCAGAAUCUGGUGAAUCCACUGAAGCUACUGAAACCACCGAAACCACUGAAGCUACCGAAUCAUCUUUAGCUACCGAAUCUGGUGAAUCAACUGAAGCUACUGAAACCACCGAAACCGUUGAAGCUACCGAAUCUACUCUAGCUUCAGAAUCUGGUGAAUCCACUGAAGCUACUGAAUCUUCUUUAGUUACAGAAUCUGGUAUUUCUAGCGAGGAAGAAACAACAACUUUAUGUCCUACAUGUACACCAUCAGGUUCGGAUAUGACUGAAUCUGGCGAAUCCACUGAAGCUACUGAAUCCACUGAAGCUACCGAAUCUACUCUAGCUUCAGAAUCUGGUGAAUCCACUGAAGCUACUGAAACCACCGAAACCGCCGAAGCUACCGAAUCUACUCUAGCUUCAGAAUCUGGUGAAUCCACUGAAGCUACUGAAACCACCGAAACCGCUGAAGCCACUGAAUCAUCUUUAGCUACCGAAUCUGGUGAAUCUACUGAAGCUACUGAAACCACCGAAACCGUUGAAGCUACCGAAUCUACUCUAGCUUCAGAAUCUGGUGAAUCCACUGAAGCUACUGAAACCACCGAAACCGCUGAAGCCACUGAAUCAUCUUUAGCUACCGAAUCUGGUGAAUCUACUGAAGCUACUGAAACCACCGAAACCGUUGAAGCUACCGAAUCUACUCUAGCUUCAGAAUCUGGUGAAUCCACUGAAGCUACUGAAUCUUCUUUAGUUACAGAAUCUGGUAUUUCUAGCGAGGAAGAAACAACAACUUUAUGUCCUACAUGUACACCAUCAGGUUCGGAUAUGACUGAAUCUGGCGAAUCCACUGAAGCUACUGAAUCCACCGAAACCGUUGAAGCUACCGAAUCUACUCUAGCUUCAGAAUCUGGUGAAUCCACUGAAGCUACUGAAACCACCGAAACCGCCGAAGCUACCGAAUCUACUCUAGCUUCAGAAUCUGGUGAAUCCACUGAAGCUACUGAAACCACCGAAACCACUGAAGCUUCUGAAUCAUCUUUAGCUACCGAAUCUGGUGAAUCUACUGAAGCUACUGAAACCACCGAAACCGCUGAAGCUACCGAAUCUACUCUAGCUACCGAAUCUGGUGAAUCCACUGAAGCUACUGAAACCACCGAAACCGUUGAAGCUACCGAAUCUACUCUAGCUUCAGAAUCUGGUGAAUCCACUGAAGCUACUGAAACCACCGAAACCGCUGAAGCCACUGAAUCAUCUUUAGCUACCGAAUCUGGUGAAUCAACUGAAGCUACUGAAUCUUCUUUAGUUACAGAAUCUGGUAUUUCUAGCGAGGAAGAAACAACAACUUUAUGUCCUACAUGUACACCAUCAGGUUCGGAUAUGACUGAAUCUGGCGAAUCCACUGAAGCUACUGAAUCCACCGAAACCGCUGAAGCUACCGAAUCUACUCUAGCUUCAGAAUCUGGUGAAUCCACUGAAGCUACUGAAACCACCGAAACCACUGAAGCUACUGAAUCAUCUUUAGCUUCAGAAUCUGGCAAAUCCACUGAAGCUACUGAGAGUACCGAAGCAACUGAAGUUACUGAAUCAUCUUUAGCUUCAGAAUCUGGUGAAUCCACUGAAGCUACUGAAACCACCGAAACCGCUGAAGCUACCGAAUCUACUCUAGCUUCAGAAUCUGGUGAAUCCACUGAAGCUACAGAAUCUUCUUUAGUUACAGAAUCUGGUAUUUCUAGCGAAGGAGAAACAACAACUUUAUGUCCUACAUGUACACCAUCAGGUUCGGAUAUGACUGAAGCUACUGAAUCUAUUGAAUCUACUCCAGCCACCGAAGCCACUGAAGCUACCGAAUCUACUCUAGCUUCAGAAUCUGGUGAAUCCACUGAAGCUACUGAAACCACCGAAACCGCCGAAGCUACCGAAUCUACUCUAGCUUCAGAAUCUGGUGAAUCCACUGAAGCUACUGAAACCACCGAAACCGCUGAAGCCACUGAAUCAUCUUUAGCUACCGAAUCUGGUGAAUCCACUGAAGCUACUGAAACCACCGAAACCACUGAAGCUACUGAAUCAUCUUUAGCUUCAGAAUCUGGUGAAUCCACUGAAGCUACUGAAAGCACCGAAACCACUGAAGCUACUGAGAGUACCGAAGCAACUGAAGUUACUGAAUCAUCUUUAGCUUCAGAAUCUGGUGAAUCCACUGAAGCUACUGAAACCACCGAAGCAACUGAAGUUACUGAAUCAUCUUUAGCUUCAGAAUCUGGUGAAUCCACUGAAGCUACUGAAACCACCGAAACCACUGAAGCUACUGAGAGUACCGAAGCAACUGAAGUUACUGAAUCAUCUUUAGCUUCAGAAUCUGGUGAAUCCACUGAAGCUACUGAAACCACCGAAACCGCUGAAGCCACUGAAUCAUCUUUAGCUACCGAAUCUGGUGAAUCAACUGAAGCUACAGAAUCUUCUUUAGUUACAGAAUCUGGUAUUUCUAGCGAGGAAGAAACAACAACUUUAUGUCCUACAUGUACACCAUCAGGUUCGGAUAUGACUGAAUCUGGCGAAUCCACUGAAGCUACUGAAUCCACCGAAACCGCUGAAGCUACCGAAUCUACUCUAGCUUCAGAAUCUGGUGAAUCCACUGAAGCUACUGAAACCACCGAAACCACUGAAGCUACUGAAUCAUCUUUAGCUUCAGAAUCUGGCAAAUCCACUGAAGCUACUGAGAGUACCGAAGCAACUGAAGUUACUGAAUCAUCUUUAGCUUCAGAAUCUGGUGAAUCCACUGAAGCUACUGAAACCACCGAAACCGCUGAAGCUACCGAAUCUACUCUAGCUUCAGAAUCUGGUGAAUCCACUGAAGCUACAGAAUCUUCUUUAGUUACAGAAUCUGGUAUUUCUAGCGAAGGAGAAACAACAACUUUAUGUCCUACAUGUACACCAUCAGGUUCGGAUAUGACUGAAGCUACUGAAUCUAUUGAAUCUACUCCAGCCACCGAAGCCACUGAAUCUGGCGAAUCUUCCAAUGCGUCUGAAAGCACUGUAAGUUUCCCAACUGUUAGUGGUUCAGAAUCCUCUAGUUACACAUCUGGCUAUUCUCAAUCUAACUUCACUGAAUCCACCGAAGCUACUGAAUCUACUGAAUCUACUGAAUCUACUCCAGCCACCGAAGCCACUGAAUCUGGCGAAUCUUCCAAUGCGUCUGAAAGCACUGUAAGUUUCCCAACUGUUAGUGGUUCAGAAUCCUCUAGUUACACAUCUGGCUAUUCUACAUCUAACUUCACCGAAUCCACCGAAUCCACCGAAGCUACUGAACCUACUGAAUCUACUCCAGCCACCGAAGCCACUGAAUCUGGCGAAUCUUCCAAUGCGUCUGAAAGCACUGUAAGUUUCCCAACUGUUAGUGGUUCAGAAUCCUCUAGUUACACAUCUGGCUAUUCUACAUCUAACUUCACCGAAUCCACCGAAUCCACUGAAGCUACUGAACCUACUGAAUCUACUCCAGCCACCGAAGCCACUGAAUCUGGCGAAUCUUCCAAUGCGUCUGAAAGCACUGUAAGUUUCCCAACUGUUAGUGGUUCAGAAUCCUCUAGUUACACAUCUGGCUAUUCUACAUCUAACUUCACCGAAUCCACCGAAUCCACCGAAGCUACUGAACCUACUGAAUCUACUCCAGCCACCGAAGCCACUGAAUCUGGCGAAUCUUCCAAUGCGUCUGAAAGCACUGUAAGUUUCCCAACUGUUAGUGGUUCAGAAUCCUCUAGUUACACAUCUGGCUAUUCUCAAUCUAACUUCACUGAAUCCACCGAAGCUACUGAAUCUACUGAAUCUACUCCAGCCACCGAAGCCACUGAAUCUGGCGAAUCUUCCAAUGCGUCUGAAAGCACUGUAAGUUUCCCAACUGUUAGUGGUUCAGAAUCCUCUAGUUACACAUCUGGCUAUUCUCAAUCUAACUUCACCGAAUCCACCGAAUCCACCGAAGCUACUGAACCUACUGAAUCUACUCCAGCCACCGAAGCCACUGAAUCUGGCGAAUCUUCCAAUGCGUCUGAAAGCACUGUAAGUUUCCCAACUGUUAGUGGUUCAGAAUCCUCUAGUUACACAUCUGGCUAUUCUACAUCUAACUUCACCGAAUCCACCGAAUCCACCGAAGCUACUGAACCUACUGAAUCUACUCCAGCCACCGAAGCCACUGAAUCUGGCGAAUCUUCCAAUGCGUCUGAAAGCACUGUAAGUUUCCCAACUGUUAGUGGUUCAGAAUCCUCUAGUUACACAUCUGGCUAUUCUCAAUCUAACUUCACUGAAUCCACCGAAGCUACUGAAUCUACUGAAUCUACUCCAGCCACCGAAGCCACUGAAUCUGGCGAAUCUUCCAAUGCGUCUGAAAGCACUGUAAGUUUCCCAACUGUUAGUGGUUCAGAAUCCUCUAGUUACACAUCUGGCUAUUCUCAAUCUAACUUCACUGAAUCCACCGAAACUACUGAAUCUACUGAAUCUACUCCAGCCACCGAAGCCACUGAAUCUGGCGAAUCCACUGAGUUUGGUAAGUCAAGUCAUGAAGAGACAACAUUAUGUCCUACAUGCACGCCAUCAAGUAGUUCCGAAGUCACUAAAGCCACUGAAUCUACUCAAACUACUGAAUCUGGUGAAUCUUCCAAUGCGUCUGAAACAACUUCAAGUUUCCCAACUAUUAGUAGUUUAGUAUCAUCCCUCCACACAUCUGGCAAUUAUAUUUCCGAAGGUAGUAGAACAAGUUCAUCAAUUGUUUCAAUUGUCUCCGAACCAGUUAUUUCUGGAUCAGUCACUAUUUUGACUACCACCGAUUGCUCGGAUGGCGUUUGUUCCACUGCUACUGUUACUGUUCCAUGCUCCACAGAGUCUGUAGUUACAUACACUACUACUGAAUGUUCCGAUGGUAUCUGUUCCACCGCCACUGUUACCGAACCAAUUGUUUCUGGAUCAGUCACUAUUUUGACUACCACCGAUUGCUCGGAUGGCGUUUGUUCCACUGCUACUGUUACUGUUCCAUGCUCCACAGAGUCUGUAGUUACAUACACUACUACUGAAUGUUCCGAUGGUAUCUGUUCCACCGCCACUGUUACCGAACCAAUUGUUUCUGGAUCAGUCACUAUUUUGACUACCACCGAUUGCUCGGAUGGCGUUUGUUCCACUGCUACUGUUACUGUUCCAUGCUCCACAGAGUCUGUAGUUACAUACACUACUACUGAAUGUUCCGAUGGUAUCUGUUCCACCGCCACUGUUACCGAACCAAUUGUUUCUGGAUCAGUCACUAUUUUGACUACCACCGAUUGCUCGGAUGGCGUUUGUUCCACUGCUACUGUUACUGUUCCAUGCUCCACAGAGUCUGUAGUUACAUACACUACUACUGAAUGUUCCGAUGGUAUCUGUUCCACCGCCACUGUUACCGAACCAAUUGUUUCUGGAUCAGUCACUAUUUUGACUACCACCGAUUGCUCGGAUGGCGUUUGUUCCACUGCUACUGUUACUGUUCCAUGCUCCACAGAGUCUGUAGUUACAUACACUACUACUGAAUGUUCCGAUGGUAUCUGUUCCACCGCCACUGUUACCGAACCAAUUGUUUCUGGAUCAGUCACUAUUUUGACUACCACCGAUUGCUCGGAUGGCGUUUGUUCCACUGCUACUGUUACUGUUCCAUGCUCCACAGAGUCUGUAGUUACAUACACUACUACUGAAUGUUCCGAUGGUAUCUGUUCCACCGCCACUGUUACCGAACCAAUUGUUUCUGGAUCAGUCACUAUUUUGACUACCACCGAUUGCUCGGAUGGCGUUUGUUCCACUGCUACUGUUACUGUUCCAUGCUCCACAGAGUCUGUAGUUACAUACACUACUACUGAAUGUUCCGAUGGUAUCUGUUCCACCGCUACUAUUACUAUUCCAUGUAUCACUGCUUCUGCAGUCACAUCCUCAAUUACAACACCAGUUGUUAUCCCAGGCACCACCAUUGUUACCUCUGGUAGUACUAUUGUUGUGCCACCAACUACCACCAUUGAAACUACACCAGUCGUUGUUGUUCCAGGCACCACCGUUGUCACCUCUGGUAGCACUAUUGUUAUUCCACCAACUACUUCUAUUAUCCCACCAACCACUGCUUCUGUAGUCACAUCCUCAAUCACAACAUCAGUUGUUAUCCCAGGCACCACCAUUGUUAACUCUGGUAGUACUAUUGUUGUGCCACCAACUACCACCAUUGAAACUACACCAGUCGUUGUUGUUCCAGGCACCACCGUUGUCACCUCUGGUAGCACUAUUGUUAUUCCACCAACUACUUCUAUUAUCCCACCAACCACUGCUUCUGUAGUCACAUCCUCAAUCACAACACCAGUUGUUAUCCCAGGCACCACCAUUGUUACCUCUGGUAGCACUAUUGUUGUGCCACCAACUACCACCAUUGAAACUACACCAGUCGUUGUUGUUCCAGGCACCACCGUUGUCACCUCUGGUAGCACUAUUGUUAUUCCACCAACUACUUCUAUUAUCCCACCAACCACUGCUUCUGUAGUCACAUCCUCAAUCACAACACCAGUUGUUAUCCCAGGCACCACCAUUGUUACCUCUGGUAGUACUAUUGUUGUGCCACCAACUACCACCAUUGAAACUACACCAGUCGUUGUUGUUCCAGGCACCACCGUUGUCACCUCUGGUAGCACUAUUGUUAUUCCACCAACUACUUCUAUUAUCCCACCAACCACUGCUUCUGUAGUCACAUCCUCAAUCACAACACCAGUUGUUAUCCCAGGCACCACCAUUGUUACCUCUGGUAGUACUAUUGUUGUGCCACCAACUACCACCAUUGAAACUACACCAGUCGUUGUUGUUCCAGGCACCACCGUUGUCACCUCUGGUAGCACUAUUGUUAUUCCACCAACUACUUCUAUUAUCCCACCAACCACUGCUUCUGUAGUCACAUCCUCAAUCACAACACCAGUUGUUAUCCCAGGCACCACCAUUGUUACCUCUGGUAGCACUAUUGUUGUGCCACCAACUACCACCAUUGAAACUACACCAGUCGUUGUUGUUCCAGGCACCACCGUUGUCACCUCUGGUAGCACUAUUGUUAUUCCACCAACUACUUCUAUUAUCCCACCAACCACUGCUUCUGUAGUCACAUCCUCAAUCACAACACCAGUUGUUAUCCCAGGCACCACCAUUGUUACCUCUGGUAGCACUAUUGUUGUGCCACCAACUACCACCAUUGAAACUACACCAGUCGUUGUUGUUCCAGGCACCACCGUUGUCACCUCUGGUAGCACUAUUGUUAUUCCACCAACUACUUCUAUUAUCCCACCAACCACUGCUUCUGUAGUCACAUCCUCAAUCACAACACCAGUUGUUAUCCCAGGCACCACCAUUGUUACCUCUGGUAGUACUAUUGUUGUGCCACCAACUACCACCAUUGAAACUACACCAGUCGUUGUUGUUCCAGGCACCACCAUUGUUACCUCUGGUAGUACUAUUGUUGUGCCACCAACUACCACCAUUGAAACUACACCAGUCGUUGUUGUUCCAGGCACCACCGUUGUCACCUCUGGUAGCACUAUUGUUAUUCCACCAACUACUUCUAUUAUCCCACCAACCACUGCUUCUGUAGUCACAUCCUCAAUCACAACACCAGUUGUUAUCCCAGGCACCACCAUUGUUACCUCUGGUAGCACUAUUGUUGUUCAACCUUCCAUAUCAAUUGAAACUACAGUAGUUAGCUUUUCAGAAUCUUCUUCUAGUAUCUCUCAGGUUACUCCAAUUAUUGAAUCAUUCCCAGGUUUGAGUACUGCAACUUCUGAAGUUUCAACAUUUGCCAUCUCUUCUUAUACUGGUGGUGCUGGGCACAUUGUUGCUACUAGAUCGUUGUUUGGAGGUUUAAUAAUUUUCCUAGUUUCUUUAAUAUUGUGA